AUGAAAAAAGGAGGUAAAAACAAGAAUAACAAAUUAAAUAACAAAGGAUAAUAAAAUCAAGUAUCAAAUUCUUAGUCUUCUUUGAAUCCAGCAGCCUCUUAGUUUUUUUCACAAGCAAAGACAGAAGAAGAAAAAUUAGCUUUAUUAGAAUUAUUGCAAAAAAAAUUAUAGGAAAAAGCACAAUAAAAAAAGAUGGAGUAAGAAAAUUAGGAUAAGCACUAGCACGGAGCAUAAUGCAGUCAUGGAUCUCUACCAAGUCCAUAAAUAAGCCAUGAAUAGCUUCAUAUGCCAUAAUAAAAUAAUAGUAUGAAUUUCCCAGAAUUUUAAGAACCUACAGACGCUUAUCGCCCUGAGCACAACCAAUUCUUGCAAGAUGAAGAGGAAUUUAAGCACUUUAGAUAAGUUGUAUGCUCUUAUUUUAACUAUCGUACAGAUUCUUUGAAAGAAGUAGCUCGUAUGGAGAGAGGUUACCAUAAUAUUGGAGCUAAUAAAUCAUAUCUCAAAUAUGAUUUUAAUUAAAGAUUGGAAAAACUUAAGUAAGCAAUUGAAUUGAAUGCUCAAUUUUUAGAUAGAAUAGUAGAAAGUUAUCAUGAUGUUGCAUUUGUUAAGGAUCCUGUAACAAAAGUAGAGUAUAUCCCUUAAGAAUAUGUUUAAUUUAGAGAUAUCUCCAAACUGAGAAGCACUCUUAAAUAAAUGAUUCGUGAUUGGAGUGAAGAGGGUAAAAUAGAACGUGAUUUAUGCUAUAAGCCUGUUUUAGAAGAAUUUAAAAAGCACUAUCCUAACCAUAUAGGUGCAGACGGUAAACGUGUUAGAGCUCUUUUCCCUGGUUGUGGUUUGGGAAGAGUAGUUUUUGAUUUCGCAUGCCUAGGAUACGGCGCAUAAGGAAAUGAAUUUUCUUAUCAUAUGCUGUUUGCAAGCAACUUUAUACUAAAUAUGAUGAAUCAUGCAAAAGAAUACACUAUUUCUCCCUUUAUUCAUUCUUUUUGCAAUACAUUUUAAGAAAAUGACCCUUUCAGAGAGUAUAAAAUUCCAGAUGUCAACCCUUCAGACUGUCUUAACCCUGAAAUGAACGAUGAUUUCUCAAUGGCAGCAGGCGAAUUUGUAGAAAUUUAUAAAAAGCAACCAGAGGAAUGGCAUGGAGUUUGUACAAUCUUCUUUAUAGAUACAGCAAAUGACAUAGUAGAAUAUAUAAAAACUAUUCAUAAAUGUUUAAAACCCGGUGGUGUUUGGAUUAAUUUAGGACCUUUACUUUAUCACUAUGCAGAAAGCUUUACUGAGCCAAGCAUAGAACUUUCAUGGGAUGAGGUUUAGCAUGUAAUUAAGGAGGUUGGAUUUGAAUUAACAAUUCAUCCUUAAAUAAAAACUCAUUAUGCUACUGAUCCUAACGAAACCAUGAUGAAAAUAGAAUAUAACUGUGUUUUCUUUACUGCUGUUAAAAAAUGA